CUUACGUCACUUCCUGCGCGGCGGAUCCUGAACCUAAAGUUAGCAGCUUAUGACAGAUGUUUCAUCUUGCUUUGUUCCUACAAAGCUAACAUUUACUUUAGUAUUUAGAUAAGGUUGUUUUUCAAGCAAGCCGUCCAAAUUGAAUGCUCGCUUUUAUGAUGUUUUUAGUUUAAACAUAAGCGUUUUUUUAGAUUUGGUGGUUGGCCUGUGUUAGCCUCKUUAGCUGCUGCGGCUAACUCUGAACUUUUAAAAGCUACAUGGAUCUUUAUGUAAAGAGGAUUUCACUUCAAGGUGAGCUCAGGUUUUAGUGUGUGCUGGUCGUGUUCAGGGGCAAACAUGUCCAAUCAGCUGACCGCGGAGCAGCAGCGAAAGAUCGAGGAGAACCGACGGAAAGCUUUGGAGCGGAGAGCCCAAAGACUCGGACAGGCUGCCGGUACGAAGCCGCCCUCAGUGGGAUCCGGUGUCGCCGCAGUCCGACCACAACCUUCCAAACAGGUCGUCUCAUUAGUUCCUGCUGAUCACAAAACAUCUAACUCUGCACCACCAACCCUUAAAAAAGACCAAACCCAGCAACCUCAUCAUCUGCAGCCUGGCACAGGCAAUCAAAUCAGCCAAAACUCUGUAAAAAACUCCUCCACACGGGUCACUGGCCCUCAUCUUCAGGCCGAUCUACGCCUGAACACAUCUGGUGGAGCUCAGCGUGAAUUUAGUAUCGCCUCCAGCAGUUCUGGGAGUGUGGUUGGCUCCUUUUACAAGCAAGCCAGCAAACCUGUGCAACUUUCUGCAGCCAAGCCUCCUUCGCUCUCCACCUCUGUGCCUGCUGUACCUGCAAAAAAACCUGCCAUCUCCGUCAGGGGGAAAUGUGUGCUUCAUGCGGAGAACCGUUUCAGAGUGGAAGUAGGCUACCACGUGGAGCUUAUUUCUGUUUUCAAAUCCAUCCCCUCAAGGAACUAUGACCCAACAACAAAAACGUGGAACUUCAGUCUGGACGACUACAGGCAGCUGAUGGACCAAGCAGCUGCCAUCCCCUCUGUGUCUUUGAGGCCUCUGGAGGGAGCAGAAGCGUUGGGCGUUGCGGCUUCUAGCCGACCUUGUGACGGUGCAGCCCUGUCUGCGCUGCUGAGGCUUUGUAACGGCUGGCAGAAACCCGGGGCUACUGUGCGGGGCCAGUGCGUCUUGGUGUCCCGGACCAAGUUUGAGGUUGACAUCCUUUAUCAGGCCGAUGUCGUUGCAGCAUUUAAGCAAAUGCCAACAAAAAGCUACGAUGUGGCCACAAGAAAGUGGAGCUUUUCGCUUGAGGAUUACAAAAGACUCAUGGAUCUGCUCGGUGGGAUAGCAGCAGUGGAGGUGGAGCCUCUUCCCAGGGCAGUAAUCCAGGCCUUCUCUGCCAGGUUUGAUGGGACGGAAGCCAGGUGUUUAGCCGUCCCUGAGGCAGACCUCUCCAGCAUCGACCCCUCGCUCACCUCCAGCCUGAUGCCCUUCCAGAGGGAGGGAGUCAACUUUGCGGUGUCCAAACAAGGCCGCCUCCUCCUGGCUGAUGACAUGGGUCUGGGGAAGACGGUGCAGGCCAUCUGUAUCGCCGCUUAUUACAGGAACGAGUGGCCUUUAUUAGUGGUGACUCCGUCCUCUGUGCGGUUCACGUGGGCUGAGGCCUUGAAACGUUGGCUUCCCUCUCUGAGUCCCGACAGCAUCAACGUGGUGGUGAAGGCCAAAGAUGAUAUGGGAUCUGGUUUGGUCAACAUCAUCAGCUAUGACCUGUUGAGUAGGAUGGGAAAGCAGCCCCAACAGAACUCCUUCAGCGUCCUCAUCAUGGAUGAGUCUCACUUCCUAAAGAACAUGAAGACAGCUCGCUGUAAAGCCGCCUUACCUCUGCUAAAGGCAGCGAAGAGGGUAAUUCUUCUGUCCGGGACCCCUGCAAUGUCCAGACCCUGUGAGCUCUACACCCAGAUCCUGGCCGUCAGACCUUCACUCUUCCCUCGCUUCCAUGAGUUUGGGCUGCGCUAUUGUGACGCCAGAGAGAAAAACUGGGGCUGGGACUACUCAGGCUCAUCUAACCUCGGAGAGUUAAAGCUGUUGUUGGACGAGUGUCUGAUGUUGCGCCGCCUUAAAUCCGACGUCCUCUCUCAGCUUCCUGCCAAACAGCGCAAGGUGGUCACAGUGACCAUAGACGGGAUCAAUACUCGCACAAAAGCUGCUCUCUCAGCUGCAGCCAAGGAGUUAGCCAAGAAUCAUCACAGCAAAAUGGAGGAGAAGGAAGCGCUCCUUGUCUUUUACAACCACACGGCUGAAGCCAAGCUGCAAGCCAUUAUGGAGUAUAUAACAGACAUGCUGGAGUGUGGGAGGGAGAAGUUCCUGGUGUUUGCCCAUCAUAAAUUAGUCCUUGAUCAUAUCUCCUCUGAGCUGGUUACAAAGGGCGUCAGCUUCAUCCGUAUAGACGGGACGACUCCGUCAGCGGAGCGGCAGCAGCUGGUUGAGAAGUUCCAGUUCUCCYCCAAAGCCUGCGUGGCGUUACUGUCCAUAACUGCGGCGAACAUGGGUCUCACGCUGCACUCGGCAGACUUGGUGAUCUUUGCAGAGCUUUUCUGGAACCCAGGGGUUCUCAUUCAGGCAGAGGACAGGGUUCAUCGAAUUGGUCAAACUAGCAACGUGAACGUUCACUACCUGGUCGCCAAAGGAACUGCCGAUGAUCACCUUUGGCCAAUGAUCCAGGCGAAAAUGAAUGUUCUGGAGAAAGUGGGUUUAUCGGAGUCAAACCUCUCAGACAACGCGGUGAAUGCCAGCUUCCACUCAAAGGACCCUAAGCAGAAGAGCAUCAUGGAGAUGUUCCAGAGAUCGUUUUCUGAAGACGACCUCGAUGAGGCCCUCCUGAUGGAGGUCGCCAACGACUGGGAGGACGCUUCUGCUUGAAAACUUGCAGACUCAAUUUCUCACCAGUAACACUGCUUUAAAGACUAUUUCAUCAGUUCAAGUUAUUUGUUCACUGGAACUCGACCUUGUUUGUUGUUUUCACCAGAUCAUGACAGAACAGUACUUCAAAGCAUUUCAUAAAAGACUAUAAAAAGUGCUAAAUGUGUAGAUUUUUUGCUUAUUGUUUAAUAAAAGGAAACCAAAUAAAGGUGUUGUCUUUAAAACUG